AUGGCUUCAACCACCACCACCACCACUACCCUCCUCACUCUCUCUCUCCUCCUCCUUCUCCUCUCUCUCUCCUCCGCCACCUCCACCACCCUCCUCGACGCCGUGGAGAUCCUCUCCUCCUCGGGAUUCAAAUGCAUGGCCGUGCACCUGGAACUAGCCUCCCAAACCAUCCAACCCCACCACUCCUUCACCAUCUUCUCCCCCACCGACGCCGCCUUCCACCGCCUCCCCCACCACCUUCCCCUCUCCCUCCUCCGCUACCACCUCCUCCCCCACGCCUUCUCCCUCCACAGCCUCACCUCCCUCCCCUUCGGCGCCAGCAUCCCUACUCUACUCCCCAACCACUCCCUCACCAUCACCACCCCCACCCCCACCACCACCAUCUCUAUCAACAACAUCACCCUCACCCCAUCCCCCAUCUUCCAUCACCCCAACCUCACCAUCUUCCCCACUACCAACUUCUUCAACCCCCACUUCCACCUCCCACCCCUACAUCCCUCUCCAAAACUAAACCUCCCCACCACCUGCACCCCUCCUCCCCCUAACCGCCUCUCCCAGGUGGCUCGCCUCCUUCGCUCCCACCACUUCUCCCUCAUGGCCUCCCUCCUCGACCUCCAGUUCCCUGCCGCCUGCAACCGCCGUGCACUUACCCUCUUUGCCCCACUUGACGAGGCUGUGGCAAGCCACGCACGAAACAACCUCACUCAGCUCUCGACCCUUCUUCGCCACCACCUCGUCCCCUGCAAGAUGUUCUGGCCCGAUCUUGCAUCCCUGAGGGACGGAACGUUGAUUGGUACCUACGAGAAAGGGUUUGCUCUCAAUGUCACCAAGUGCAAGACUCACACUUUGUUGCUCAAUGGAGUGCGGGUGGUUUUUCCCGACAUGUUUCGUGGUGACUGUCUCGUGGUUCAUGGCGUGCAACACGUUCUUUCGGUUCGCAAUGGGAAACGAAAGCACCAUGCAAAGCAUGAUACGUAUCGUGUUUCGGUUGCGGAAGAUGAUGGUGAAGAUGAAGUGUCUCCUCACUCUUCUGAGUUUGAUGAUGACAACCACCACGAAUCAAAGAACAUGGACAAAGAUGGAGGAAAUGGGCAGGCUUUCCGUAUGAUCUUACAUGUCACAGAUUUUGAAAUCUGA